GAACGCGAAUCUUCGGUCGAACGCACCCCCGAAUACGAAGAGUUCAUGCAGAAGCUGGAGAAGUACCAUAAGAAGCGAGGCACCCACUUCGAACGUGAACCCAAGGUUGGUGCCCGGCACCUGGAUCUGUUGAAACUAUACAAACGAGUGGUCGAGGAGGGCGGCUAUGAUAAGAUGUGCGAUACACGGGGUAAGCCGUUAGCCUGGAGAAAGCUCACCGGCGAGUUUCUCCCAGGGAGCAGCACUUUAACGACCCAGGCGUUUAUUGUGAAGAGCGCAUACUACAAAAACCUCGCCGCAUACGAGAUCUCCGACAUCCACAAGCGCGAGCCUCCGCCCAAGGAAAUACUAGAGGAUGUUUCAGCAAAAGGCGGCGACCUGCUGAGCCGAACCGUCGAGAAUUACUUUCGACCCGCGAGCAGGGAAGCAGACAAACUCCUAGGAAACAGUGAAGACAGGGACAUCGAGGGCUCGGACGCAGAGUCACAUAAGACGCCAAAAGAGGAUAAAAUGGAGGUAGAUGAGCCCGGGAGCACAGGAGGAAGGGUCACUCGAGCUCUCCGCCACGCACCUCCUCAGCGCGUUCUGUUCCAACCAGACCUCUCAACCAGACAAACGAGACAUUCUUCAGGCAACAUGAACUCUCCAACACCUGCCAGUGGUGUGGCGCAUACAAAUGGCACUUAUGGAUCGGGUGCUGCGAUGACGAUCGCGAACUACGAGCCUCGCGCUCCCCUCCCUUCUUCUGUAAAGCCCGUGGUCACACCCGGAAACAACCCCGAUCAUUUCAAAAAUCUGCGAAACAAACUCCUCACCGCCAACAAACCUUCGAGGGGCAUACAACCAUACAAGGGAAUGAUGCUCCCGGGUACUGGCUUCAUGGGACCCAACAUAUACAUCCGUGCGCUUCUAUCCCUACAAUCCUGCACCGACGAGGAAGAAGCUUAUGCGCUCCACCAUCUCGUGAAAAUAUCCCACGAGCGGGGCGAUAAGUACCGCUUCGAUGGAUUUCCUGGACUCGCUGAGGCUUUGGUAAGUCGAGUCAUUGGAGCGUCCUCACUGUUCUACGAUGUCAAGUUCGAGAUCUCUUAUCUCGAAGAGGAAAUGGAUUUGGGCAUCCACGUACUGAACGGAUUGACCGGGACUUCAGAUCUGUUGCAAAGAAUAAGAACCUUAACGGCUCUCGACAUGCAAGACGACCUUCUUCCCGCAGAAGUAACGACAGCUCUUGGAAGGAUCAAUGAGGCAGGCCUGAUACUCCGGAAUAUGACCAUGCUCGAGGAAAACGCCGCAUUCUUAUCCAAGAUACCGUCAAUCCGAGACUUGAUCGUUGUCGUUCUGAACCUCCCACAUCACGCAGCCGUUGUAGAGCUUCAACAUUACUUGCUCGAGAUCGCAGAGCAAUUGACCAAAUUCUGGACGCUGGACUCCCAGGACCCCCUCUACCGGUCACUGCUGGCGCAGAUCGAAUCGAAUGACCGUGGACGAAUCAUCACAUCGCUACGGGCUAUCGCUCGGAUUUCCAUGACCUUGGAGGUUAACAAUCGACUUAUGGAUGUACCAGCUAAGGCUUUACAGCAAAUAUGCGACUGGCUUCUGGUGGAAGACGAAGAACUCAGAAACGCGUGUCUCGAUUUCCUCUACCAAUUCACUUCGAUCAUGGACAACGUCGACAUUUUCGUCCACGAGGUCAACGUGGAAAGUUUGGUCCAGCAACUCGUACGAUUUCUGUUAUACAACAAUACGCUACUGGAAGAACGAAGGAGCAACAGGCCUCCGACGAGACACCAAAUAGUCGCAGAUACCCCUCAGAAACUUUCCAUUCCCAUAAUCGAACAGUUAGUGACGUUGGACGAGCCAGAACGAAGCUCACAAUGGUUGCGUGCUUGUUUUGAGGAAGACCCAACAGGCGAAAUCACGCAAAUCGCCUUAUGGAGUGCCUAUAACCAAGCUUUCAACGACGUAAUGCAAGCUGAGCCUCUUCACAAGAUGCUCAUGCCGGCUAAAGACUUCAUUACCAAUGUGUCCUCUACCUUUCCUGGCGCCACCGCUCAAGUCCUUCAAAUAAGUGCCACGCAACAAAAAUAUACCAUCCGUGGUAUCCGAGCCCGCGCUACUCCUGUGGAUCCCAUCACUCGGCGCUCCUACAUGCGCUGUCAAUGGCACCCUCCAGCGUACUUGAAUGGGCAUGCAGACACGAAACACACGACGCCAUCUCUUGAAUGUGGUAUUUACUGCCCAAAUGCGAAAGCAUUGUGGGAGCACAUCCUGUCGACGCAUCUCAAAAUUCCGAAGGACGACUCUGGCAAGUGGCUCCUGGAGACCAAGCCUGAUAUCAGCAUGACGAACGGCGAUGCUACGCCUCCACAAGCUCGUUACAACUGCCAUUGGGGGGGCUGCACGCAUUACUCUGCGGAGGGUUCCGAGUCUGCAUAUGAGGUUGGCCAGCACGUGAAGACCCACCUCCCGGACAGCUCCCUGAGCCAUAGCCAGAGGAAACAUAACAGGACUCCAUCGAAUGCGACCCUUCUCGCGACAUCGGCACAGUUAAAUUACGCGCAAUUCCAGCCGGCACCGCCUUAUGGCCAGCAAGCGGGUAUGGGGUAUAGUAUGACUCUACCGCCAGCGCAGAACCCUCCGGCUUUCAGGUACAUGAACACCGCGACGGACGAACGAAGUGAUGCGGCUGGUCUUCCUCUCGCUAGCGUGCUUGUCCUGAGGAAUCUGGCCAGGCAGAUGGCGAAGCUGGAGGAUCCGCCCAAGGAAGAUGGUGUGCCAGUCCCACCCAAAACCCGCGGAGGAGAGGAAGAUGUCAUGAUAGAGGAGCGCGAUGGCUGGGUCAGGAGAGUCUUUGCGCCGGUGAAGGAUCAGCUGUACUUCGUUAUGGCGCAUAACUUAACGCUAAGGGAGUAUAUGGUCACCCUUACGAAAGCGAUCGCGGCGGGCGGAGGGUAGUAUGGGUUUGAUAUUUGCUUUCACCGCUGCAGCGCGUCUGGCGCUUUGUACGACUAGGGAUAUCUUCAGGCGUUGGGACAAGCAUCCUAGAUGGAUAUGGGCAGGGAGAUUUCAUCAUGAUCUCCUUUUGGAGCAACAGCCCUGGAGUUUCGGUAAUACUAGGUAGUCUUCGAGCGAUGAUUCCCUCGACUCGGAUAACCUACUGUCAAGCAUUGCAAGGCCAUUAUCAUUACCACAACACGUGUACGCUAGAGUAGUCUUUCGCCCUUUAGUAUCUGAUCUUUACAUGAUAUUCAACCUAUACAUAGUAAACAUUUU